AUGGGUUCUAUGGCCGAUGAUGCUGAUGUCCUGGAAAGAUGUUUUUACGAUUCAAUGCUCGAAAGUGACGCUGAGUACUUAUAUGAACCUGAGGAAGAAAGUGGAUUUGUUCCUGCAGUUGUGCGGGAUCCAGAAGACUUCGAUACAGAUGAGACCGACGAAUGUCAUAGCGACACAAUUCCAAAUACAUUCUCGGUAAUUCAUUCCGGCUAUGGUGAGCAGCUGCUUGGAUUGGUGGUACGAACUCAAUGCUUUUUCGACAAACCCAGCCGUCAUUACGUCGUCAACAUUAAGACGAUUCGCAAUCUCACUUGA